AUGUGGAAUAAACUCACCGGAAAAGAGAAGGAUAGCCCUUCCAAGAGUGGCCGUCCAAAGUCUUCAGCCUCCUCGUCUUCGCGCCGACGCGCCGAGUCCAUUGUAUCCCCAUCUUCAACUAGGAAUCCAAAUCGUCGAGAUGAGCGCCCAGAAAAUCCUGCAUCACGGAGUUCGUACCCGCCUCCUCCUUCCUCAGUAGCUUCUACCUAUGCGACGGCACCCGAUCGAUCAGACCUCAACCGCCACGACCGUGCGCCGGAUAGCCUAUCACGAACAUCGACUGGCGACAACGGUAGAUAUCGCGACGAGGGCAGCAUAACAUCAAGGCGUCGAGAAAGGUCAUCGAGUCGUGAUCGCAAGCGCGAUCGUAGGGACCACUCUCACGGCAGGGACCGCAACAGCAAGAAGGAGAAGCCUGAAAAAAGAAGCUCCAAGUCUAGCAGGUCAGAAGCUAGCUACACGGCGGAUCGUGGCGUGGACAGAGCGGGCGAAGCUUCAUUUCCAGGCAGCGGCUCCUUCAGCGCGCAAGUCGGCGCAUCAGGCUUCACACAGUUUCCCGAACAGUCCGGCGCACCAUCCUUUGCAUCACCAGGGACACAUCACCUUACAAGUAUGGACGCGCAUGUGACUGCUCAAUUUCCCGGCCAGGACCCUGCAUCAUUCUCAGCUCCCUAUCGCCCUCCACUGGCUGCCUCUGAGGGAGGUCCUGGUCUAGCUGCAGAUUACUACGGCGAUCAAGGGCAGUCUGUAUACACACAGCCAGGGGUACGGCCGGAGCCACCCAAGAUUAUCUACGGAGCUCAGCCACAUCUUAUGGCUGCAUCAGCUGUCAGUGCACCACCACAGGAGACGGGACACGGCUCCGCGGCAGACUUCUAUGCCGCUGGUAGCGCACAGCCACAGCAACUUAUCCCGGACGAACCAUUGCCACCCAUCAAGCCUCUCAGGCCUUCGCAGACAAUGCCCGUGGCUUUCCAAGCAGAUGUCGCACCUGUGAAGCCUCCAAGACCAACCCAAUCAAUGCCAGGGGCAUAUGAUGAUUCGACACUACUAACAAAACCUCCUCGUCCGUUGUCGAACCAAAGCAGUUCUAGCAAACCUGACAAGCCGAGCAGAAUUUCCACGUCUGCUGCGCUUGCUGGUGGCGCAGCUUUGGGUUAUGCGAUGGGCCAUGGCAAUAGCAAUCACAGCGAGAACUCCAGCCGCCCCUAUGACGGACAAUUCAGCGCUACAAAUUUUUACCAGCAGGGUGUCAACGCUCCGGUUACUGCCUCUGUUACCUAUUCGGACCAGCCUCCUACCGCCGGCUAUCAUCAACACUCAGCAUCCGCGCCGGCCGUCCCUACACUCGACAACUACGGCUACGCGCCAUCGCCAUCCAGGCCGGCAAACCCAGGUAAGUCAGGUAAGUCACCCUCCUACUCAAACACCGCAGCAUUUGCCGCAGGCGCAGCAGGCCUAGGGGCAGCUGCCUAUGCAUCGAACCACCACCAUGAAUCUCACCAACGUCUAUCCCCGCAUCCUGCGAAUAAGGUGUACCAGAAUCCCCAGCAUCAGAACUCCCAGAGCUCGUUUGCCUCUCGCGCAAUGAUGACCCAGCAUCAACACCGCGGCCCGAUCAGCAAAUUCGUUGACUGGUGGAAAGACUACGAAGACGUCCGCAAGAUGGAGGAAUACACCGAGUAUAUUGGUGUCUGCCGAGACUGUUUCGAUCCUCGAACUUCCGUCAGUGAUGCUCCGAGGAAGCACCACCACCACCCCAGAAAGAGAUCGAGCGAGAAGCUACGACCGAGCAGAAUCGACAAAGAUUCACGCUACUACUCCUCCGAUAGCGACAACAGGCGCAAAAGCAGGACUGGACUGCUCGGCGCGGCUGCUGCUGGCUAUGGCCUCGCCAAGGUUGGCAAGGCGGUUUUCGGUCAGAACCGAGUUUCGGAUUUUGAUGACACGCAUAGUGCGAAGACUGGACGUCCGGAGUAUGGCUCCAGAACUUCGCUGCACAGCCACAGCCGCCGACGCAGAAGUCGUUCUCCGGACCGCAAGAGCCAGACCUCGCAUGGUAUAGUAAGACCCCGAAGCCGCUCGAGGGACCGCGGCACUGCCGUCAGCUCAGCCAGCAAAGACUACGAGACUGUUCACCAUCGCUCUCGUUCACGUUCCAGAUCUCAUUCGCGGGAUCGCAAGUCGGGCUUAUUCACCGCAACUGUAGGUGCAGCCCUUGGUGUUGCCGGUGCAUCCCAUGCGAGCGCAAAACGCAGAAGCCGGUCUAGCUCGCCGGAACGCCUGCAUGUUGGACCUUCGGGGCACCGCAGGAGUCGCAGCCCGAAACCAAAAGUAUACGGUGCGGCCGGAUCCGAUUACUAUCACGGCUCGCGUUACUCCGUAGCCGAAUCUUCUUACAAUGACCAUUCUGGAUACCCUCGCCGGCAGAGCGCCGGUAUCUUUAGCGGCCUGUUCUCCUCUGGUACUUCGGAAAAACCACACUCGAAAGUUCACACCAAGAAGAAGAAGAAGGGCUUCUUCAACUUCGGCAACGCCUCGACCUCCUCUUCCGACUCCGGUCUUGCGUACGGUAUAAGUGUGGACCGAAGGCGCAAAAGCAAACCUAAGCGCAGAGACUCUGACGAGAGGCUGAAUGCAACCCUCGUCGGCCUUGGCGCAACAGCUGCAGCACUAGCAGUAGCCCAGAACCGGCGCGACAAGCGUGGCAAACGUCCGGCUCAGGUUGUGGCCGUCCGGGAGUCGAAGGGAAGACCCAACCUCAAUCGUCGGGUUGAGUACCACCGCGCAGGCUCAACCUCCUCGUCAUCAUCAUCAUCAGAUGAAGCUUGGGAGUCUGCGCCCGAAGACGACGACACGUCCAGCGUUAACUCUGGGCUUGCGUUCGGCGACUUUGACUGGAGUCGCAAGCAGCCGGUCAGGAAGCAGAGUAGAGAGUCGCUCGCUUCAGAUGCCUCAGGAACCUCCAAAUGGGGCUGGCGAUGGGGCAGCAAGAAGAAGCGGAAACCGUCUUCGUCAUCUGUGAACAAUGCUGCUGCGGCAGGUCUCGGAGCCGUAGCAGGUGCAGCGUUGGGCUCUCGGCAUGAGGAUGCAGCAAGCAGCGUUAGCAGCGUUCCGACGCUGCAGACGGUCUACCCAGUUCCCACAACAGACCCUUACAGCUUCGACGCCAUUGGGAGAACGGCUUCUGUCUCGUCGACACACCCACAGCCGCUCAUGACUGCGAGACCUGAGCCAGUGCCGUUGCAGCAGCCGCAGCCGAUUACACCUGUGUCUAGUGCGGUGUAUACAACUCAGCCGCAGUACAUGCCGAGCUAUACUGCGCCUACUGGUCCGCCAGUCUUUUCGAAUGUCUCGGCAAAGAGCCCUAAGGCUUAUUCAAUUGUCAUGGAUGAGCGACCGCCGGUAUUGCCGAGAAGAGGCAACUCCUCGCCGACCAUCAGCAUGUCCGCGAAGACUGCUGCGAUCGCGGGCGUCGCUGGUAGUGUCGCAGCAGGGAUCAUGACGUCUAGAGGCGAGCGAUGGCCGAAGGAAGCAAGCUCUCCUAAAAAUGUAGGCUUCGAGCUUACGAGGGACCAGGCUGAACGUGAGCAGCGCGAGAGGCGGAAGCAAGACGAAGAGCUGCAGUACAAGGAGAGAACACGGAGAGAGGAAGAGGAAAAUCGGUUGAGACAGCAGCAGCGCAAGCAGGAAGAGAUGGCGCGUACCUUGGAUCGCCAGUGGCAAGCUGAGGAGGACGUGCGUUUGCGAGAGCGCCAACGAUUGGAGGAUGAAGAAGCGCUCCGGAAGGAACAUGACCGCUUGGCGCAACUGGAGGCAGAGAUCCAUGCUCGGGAAACCCGGGCGCAAGAGGAAGCAGAACGCCGCGCCCGCGAAGAGGCGAGAGCGGAAACUGUUCACAAGGAGACUGAGCAGCAAGCCGAAAUGGACAGAGAGGCACAGCGCAUUCAGCUUGAGCGCGAAGCUGCUGUUCGCGAGGCCGAGGCUCGCAGAGUUGCCGCUCAGGAGCGAGCUGAUCGCCUUCGGCAAGACGCAGAGAAUGCCCGGCUGGAGCGCGAACGUCUUGAACGAGAGUACUAUGAGCAGGAGAAAGAAGAGCAACGAAGAAGGGAGGAGGAGCGGCUCAGAAGCCAGCGCGAGAGGGAACUUGAGCGCGAGAUUGAGCUCAGACAGCGCGAACUGGAAAGCCGCGAAGCAAAGGUCACAGCACCUGAGACUCGGGUGGCUUCAGUGUCUGCUGGUAUAGCUGGAGCGGCUGCCGGCGCUAUCAUAGCUCAUGCCAUCGACUCACGACACCAGGCCGCUCCCCAUGAUCCAAGGAUCAAAUUCGAUGACGACGACCUCAACCCCUUUGGUGACGAUAUCUACGACCCGGACUACUUCCGGAAGAACAAAGACAAGACGCGCAAGGAGCGUGAGCGCGAAGCUCAGCUUGCUAGAGUGGCAGCUGCCAAGGUUGUUGCGGACAUGGAACAACGCUACACGGAAGAACCCAAGUCUGCAGCUGAGAUCUUCGCUCCUGACUUCAGCGGAGUAGUUGUCAGGAAGGUAGAUCCGAACGGCGAUAGCGACAUCCAAGUCUACCACGCCCCGAACAUCAUCACCAUCGAGCCGCCCAGGGGACCGCCAUACGACCCUGCGUACGCUUUUACCGCGACAAAAGAUGGCCACGACUUCGCGCAGGUUGCUGCACCAUGGGCGGUCCCGACGCUGAACCUGAUAGAGCCGACGCCCCCCGCCAGCCUUGCCGGCUCAGUCAGGGGCGACCGCUCCGUCCCCGUAUCGCCGGCCUUCCCACCCCAGGAGCCAGUCGAAGCAGAGGCUGUCGAGGAGCUUCCGCCACGGUCGGAAAGCGGCUCUAGAGUCACUUGGGGCGAACCGCAGACUUUCCACUUUGACGUGGAGUCACCAGAGUCGUUCCGCGAGCACUACAUCUCGGAUGCUGAUGCCGAGCAGGACAGUCCGAGGAGGCUGGAUGAGAUUGUGGUGGAGGUGGAUUCGCCACAGGGUGGACCAAGUGAGUUCCGGUACAGGCCUGAGGUGCCCCACCAGUCGGCUGAGCGGAGCGCGGAACCAGCUGCUGAGCAGGACUGGACUGCGCCGGUGAAGAAGAAGGGUAAGAAGGGCAAGGGUAAGAAGUCGGACUCUGCGGCGGAAUCGCCUGUAGAGGAGCUGCUGGUGUCUCCGGAAGCCUUCAAACGGCAAGACGAGCCUGUCGUUCAAGCAUCACCGGCCGCUGAAGACGAAGCAUGGGCCGCCUUUACAACGAAGAAGGCCAAGAAAGGAAAGGGUAAGAAAGCGGCCGCGGAUAAAAGUCGAGAGGAGUCUCCCAUGGAAGAGAUUGUGUCUCCCGAAGCGUCCCGUUGGCAGAAUGAGCCUUCCGUUGAAACAUUCGAGCCUGCAAAGAGUAGUUCUGACGGCUCAACACCACGUGCAAGAAGCCAGGAACGCGUGAUAUACGAAGCGCAGUCGCCCGAAGUCGAACCCGUAGUCAUUACGCCUGGUUCGCAAUCCAAGACUGGCAGCUUCUACCAGAGUCCCUUCUUCGAGACUGUGUCUGAUCUUGGAUUUGAUCCCAGUCUGCCACAAUCUCCCCAAGAACAUGGCUUCGUGGAGUCGCUUCCAGAUACGCCGGCUGAAGAGAAGGAAGCAGCGAUGCCGGGCGGCUUUGUCGAGGAAGUGGUAGAAGAGGAACCACGGCUUAGCAAGAAGGGGAAGAAGAAGCGAGGCAAGGACUUGGGAAGCGACAGUCCAGAGCCCAGGAUAGUAUCUUUGCCGGAUUCUCCUGUGCAAGAGGUGGCUUCUCCAGUCUUCGAGGAGCCAGAAAUGUUCGAACCGAAGCUUAGCAACAAGGACAAGAAGAAGCGAGAUAAAGAGGCGAAGAAUCGAGCUUUCGAGCCAGAGCUUGAGAUUCAGCCUGGAGUAGUCUCUUUGCCCGAUUCUCCUGUACAGGAGGCUACUCCCUCGCCGGUCUACGAAGAGCCCGAAACACCUGAACCGAAGCUCAGCAAGAAAGACAAGAAGAAGCGAGAGGAGGCGAAAACUCAGGUCCUCGAGCCAGAGAUCGAAGCUGGGUCCAGAGUAGUAUCCUUGCCGGACUCUCCAAUGCACGAGGCGGUUCCUUUUCCUAGCUACGAGGAACCCGCAACACCUGAAGCGAAGAUCAGUAAGAAGGACAAGAAGAAAAAGGAGAAAGAGGCGCUGCGGCGCGCUUGGGACGAAGAGAAUUUGCCUGCUGCUCCCACCCCUCCUGUCGCAACCGAUGCCAGAGCUGAGGAUUUUGACUUUACGCCUACCAAGAAGUCGAAGACGAAGAGUAAGCGCGGAAGCGUUGAGCAAGGCUUCGCAGAUGUUGGGUCUUCUUCAGACACCAUGGCUGGCGCUGAUGAUCUCGGGACGCGAGAGGUCCAGUCAGGUGCUGCCCGGUCGGUCAGCCCUCCGCGCGAGUCAAUCACGAAACCCGAGGACCCUCAGCCUCAUAGCUCUCUGCGAGGAUCUAUUGCUACUGGUAUCUUAGCCGGCGCAGUCGCCGAGGCUUCACAGUCCAUGACUGAUGAGCGCAAGCAGAGCGAGCCUUCUCCGUUCACAGUACCCCGAACGAUGCCAGGCGGAUUUUUCGACACCCCGGAAGAUAACAACCGUGGACAUCCUAUAGGGGACUACGGUUUCCCAGCCACUGACCCCGACCGCCGCAUCUCGAUCCCUAGCACCGCUUUUGACGAUGUCGAGGAGCUGGCUGACGCGCAUAAGCCUAAGAGAGAGAAGAAGCUCAAGAGGCGCAGUGGUCGCUUAAGCGCGCCUACGCCAGGAAGUCCUCUGCGGACCGAGAUCGCUUUUGAUGACUACAUCGGGGGUUCUGCUGCAGACGACAAGCCGAAAAUGGAUUUCUCGGAGGUGACUUCGGUCGAGCCGUUCUCUCAGACUCCUAGCGACGAGCACACUGAGACGCCACAGGACGGCAGCUCCGAGGGGUUUGAGGAACCCAAGAAGAAGGCUAAGAAGUCAAAGAAGGCUGAGAAGUACGACGAGGUGCCAGAAGUGGCGCUUCCUGCUGUCAUUCCUCUUACGGAAGACUUGGCACAUCCAGAGACGAGCGAGAAUCCACGAACAGGCGAUGACUCGAAGGACGAGGCGUCCUCAGCCCGUGAACUCGGUUUCGACGACUUCGAUGAACCUAAGAAAAAGUCAAAGAAAGGCAAGAAGUCCAAGCGGGCAGAUAGCUAUGAUGAGGUGCCAGAAGUUGCACUGCCGGUCAUCGUUCCCCUGAUAGAAGAGUCCGGACCUCUGGAUACGCUUCAAAGCUCUUCAGUAACGGAGGAGACGGAUGAGCGGACGGCCAUAGUCCGCGAUGUGGCCUUCGAAGACUUCGAGGGGCCCAAGAAGUCAAAGAAGAGCAAGAAGUCUAAGAGGGCACAAAGCUACGAUGAGGUGCCAGAAGUUGCGCUGCCUGUCAUUGUUCCCCUCACGGAAGAGCCAGAGAGUCAUGCGGAGACUUCUGACAGUCCAGUAGUGACCGAGUCAAUUAGGGAUGAGGCGUCGCCAGCCAAUGAAGCAAGCUUUGACGACUUCGACGAACCUAAGAAGAAGUCCAAGAAGAGUAAGAAGGCCGCCAAAUACGUCGAGGAACCAGAGGUUGCACUCCCUGCCAUCGUCCCUCUCACUGAGGAGCCAUCAGAGUAUGAUGAGCAGCCGAGGAAGCUCAAUGGAACCGAAAGAGAGGACUACAAGACACUUGAGGCUGAAGCUUACCGCUCUUCGGACCGCGACGUGAGAGUCAUUGCCUCCGACAGCCGCUACGACUAUGAAGAUGACCGCAAGAAGCGUAAAGAGCGAAAGCACAGAAAGGAUAGCGAAAGUCACGAAUCUCCCGUGUCGUCUCCGCGCUCAACGGCUGCCUCAGAGCCGGGCGACUUCUACGAAGACAAGAAAGCAUCGAAGCGCAAGUCCAAGAAGCGCGGCGAUGACGAUGAUGAUGCUGCCUCUGCGGUUUCGUCCCCAGCGCGCUACGGCGACGAGCCCAGCAAGACCAAGAGAGAGGAGAAGGGAGCAUUGGGAGGACUGUUUGGGCUUUUUAGUAGGAGCAAAUCAGUAGAGGCUUCGCUGGAAUCUAGCAAAUCCAAGUCCCGCAGCUACGAUGACUAUGGGAGCUCAGAGAAGGAACACCGAGAGAAGAAAUAUAGGAGCUCUUCAAACAACGCGGACGACAAGUACGACGCCCGAUCGAAGUCUGAAGACCCUACCGCCGACACCGCCAGAUCGAAGUCCCGAGACUCGCACGCAGAUGAUGGCGACGGCGAUCCUGACAAGAAACACCGCAAGAAAAAACACCGUAGCAGUUCGGCAUACGGCUCUGAUGAGGACGACACCCGCUCGCACGCCUCGGGCAAGAGCGAAAGGAGGAAGCACAAGAGCCGCGACGGCAACAGAGAUGAUGAAGGUAUGGAUUCGCCCCGACACCAAACUUCCAAGGUAGACGACCCUUACCUCCCUGAAGAAACUCAUGAGCCCCGUGGUAUCAACGAUCGAGUCAUACUGACCAAGGUCCAGGAGUACGUAUUCGAUGAUAUCAAAGGCCAAGAACAGUCUUUUUUAGGCGAGCGGGCGGUGGAUCAGGGGGAUCUGCUACCACUGCCCGCUAGUACUUCUGAGGGUGCUUUCCUGCAGCCUGACACGAGCGAGGAAAUCCGAGAUGAUGUCCAACUGGACGACGUAGCAACCGAGAUUGAAACUCCGCUUCCAUCACUACCUCCAAGCCGACCGACCUCGCCUCUCGAAAUUGGUAGAGUGGUUGAUCUCCCUUCAUUGCCUCCCAGCCGUCCGGCUACACCACUUGAGCUACCGGAGGUCGAAAACUUGCCGCCAGUGCCUUCGAGUCGACCAUUUACUCCACCAGCGGUUAGUAGAGCGGAGGAUUUCCCCUCUUCACCUCCGACCAGGCCCAUCUCGCCAAUCGAACCCGGCACGGUCGUCGAGUUACCUUCGCUACCUGAAAGCCGUCCGACCACGCCAGUCGAAGUUGGGAAGGCUGAAGACUUGCCGUCACUACCUACGACUCGACCUUCUACACCAAUUGAAGUUGUCGCGGUCGCUACGGCGGAUGAUCUGCGGUCUCUACCUGAUACAAGCUUUACCUCGCCAUUACAGGUGGGUGAUGUGGGCACUGCCGCUGAUCUACCUUCAUUACCCGCUACUAGACCUUCGACACCAACCGAAAUCAGCCGCGCUGAGGACCUACCUUCUCUGUCUGAUACACGUCCUACGUCCCCAGUACCGGCAGGCAGCGCGGAUGAUCUACCUUCACUUCCUCUAAGUCGACCUACAACCCCGAUUGAGGAUGGGAGGGCGGUAGAUAUUUCAUUCUUGCCUGCGCGUCGGCCAAAUUCGCCUGUUGGAGUUGGUAGCAUAGUUGACAUACCGGCUCUUCCACAAAGUCGGCCAGGCUCGCCACUCUUGGUGGGGAGCGUGAACGAUCUUCCUCAACUUCCUGAAAGCCGACCGUCUUCACCCUUGGGCGUCGGCACCACAGAAGAUCUGCCGGCACUACCAGCUUCACGACCUGGCUCACCUUACAUCGGAGAAGAGCCCUCCCAUCGAGCCGAUUCUCUCCAAUUAUCUAGGCGACAGUCUACAACCGCAAUACCCCUCCGCUUUCGAAGACCACCACCAUCUCCUGGCCUGUCCCGCGAUGCGAUCGUCAGCUCGCCGUCCACAUACACGCUGUCCUCCCCGACAUCAGCUCCUCGAAUAAGGCACGCCAAGUCAAGGUCGAAUGAAUUCAAGACAUCGACGCAGGAGUUCCGCCCACUGUACCUUGUUGAGCGGAACCGGAAAGCGCCUGAACCAGAGGUGCCUGAAGUUCUACCUUCGUUGCCCUCGAGCCGCACAACCUCUAGGAGCGCAUCGGUGCAGGGUACUGAGGAUGAGUUCCAUUCCGCAGUGCAGUCUCCUCAACUGCGAUCCAGUGAUUAUGGAGAUGCAUUCGAACAUGCACCAUUUGACGAGGACUACCUCGGCUCGCAGCAGGCCACCCCGAGAGCCUUCACCUUUCCAACAGAGUCGUCGGACUUACUCCAUGAUCUUGACAACCAGCCAGAUCUGGAAACACCACUAGAUGAUUCGUUUCAGUCCGUCGAAGAGACGGUGGACCAAUCAAGUGUAUCCCCUUCGCAUGAACGCAUGGAGACUGAAGAAUUUUCCGAGCCGCCUCAUAGCCGACCACUCUCCCCCACUCAGUAUCGAAGCCUAUCUCCAAACGACAUCGAUACCACAGCGGCAUCUGUGCCUCUCGAAGACACCGCCGAACCCGUGGCGCAAGAAAUGCUAUCUCAAGAAGAUCCGAUGAUCCUCGACGACUUCAUGGCUGGCGAACCCGACCCAGAAGAUAUGCACCCUGAGCUGCCCGCCGUUCCGGGCGGCGAGCAGCAGGCUUCAGAAGACUCCGUCAAGCCUGCACUUUCUCGCACUACGACCAAAAAGGGCAAGAAGAGCAAAAAGGGCACUAAACUGGGUACCUCCAUGUCUGAGCCUGGCACGCCGACCGAGAUCUCGCCUGAGGAUAUGCAGCAGAUCCGCGAGAAGGAUGCGCAGGAUGCUGUGGAUUCGUGGUUCGAACCGGCUCCGUCCAUAGGCUACGUCCCGAAGAAGGGAAAGAAGGGGAAGAAGAGUAGGGGAUCGUCCAUGUCCGAAGGGCUCUCAAGCGGCUCGACUCCCCUUGAAGAAGACAGCUUGCCUCGGUCUGCGGUCGAGUAUGAGUCUCAAGGGCCUCCCGGGCCGGUUCAAUCCAUCCCAGAGCUACCGAGCUUGCCUGGGCAAACUCUCGAAGAGGCACGCGAGCUUGUUGCCGAGCCAGAAAAUGUAGAGUCUGAGAUGUCAGCAGCCAUUGAAGACACUAAGCCCAAAUCCAAAGGCCUUGUCGAUGUUCCAGAGCCGUCCGAAGAGUCCAACAUACUUUUACAGCGCGAUAAAGGGAAGGGCAAGAGCAAGAAGAAAGUUAGGAAGGGCAGCCGAUCGAGCAUUUCCAUGUCCGCUGCUGAAUCUGAGGCUGCUACGCCUCCUGAGCAGCGAGACGUUACACCUAUUGAAGCUGCGAUCCCUCUGCCAGAGUCUCCGAUACCAGCAGCAUCCCCACCAGUGCAAUCUGACACUGUACCGUUGUUGGUAACUGAUGCCAGCGCACUCGAUACUGAUGUUGCAAUCCUUGGCUUGGAGCCCAAGGCUGGAACGACCGAGGAUAUCGGCGGUGGCAGUAUCGAGCAACCGAAAGACCUUGACGAGCCAACAUCGGCCGUCACGAUCGUCGGCCCGCUGUCGGACGAAUCGGCUGGCUAUGUUGAGAUAAGUCCAAGCCGCGAUACUAAUACUAUGGAAGGGUCGAAUACCUCAACAGCAAUCCUUGAACUGCCAGAAGACGUCGCAGCACCUGUCGGCUUCGCUAUCGAAGCAAGUCCUACGCAAAAGCCUGUUUUGUUCCGCAAGAAAUCUAAGGGCAAUGGCAAGAAGAAGCAGAAAGCCGAUAUUUGGGCUGAAGAACCUGCCGAACCUACAGAACCUACACUCCCUAUAAACCCCACAGGCGCCAUCCUGCCAGUCCAGGACGACCAGGCCUUAGUUCCGCCGGUUGGAGAGAGCGAGGAGCCGCUGAUUCAGCAGACGUUACCCCCUCUUGAAGAAGUUUCGCAAAUACCACUUCCGGAAGACACUGAGCAAGGAGCACCGGCCGGACAUGUGGAUCGUCCACUUAGUAGUGAGCAACCCACCGAUCAAUACGUCCUGCAGGAGAUAGGACCAGACAGUCAAGACGUCGGAACCUCACUGCCUGGCGAUGAUUCAAUGCGCGAAACACCGAUGGAAGAGGGCCCUCAAGAUUCUCAAACCUUCAGUCGGCUGACAGACGCACCUACGACUGGCGGUAAGAAAAAGAAAGGCAAGAAGAGCAUGAAGGCUACUUGGACGCCCACUGAAGAACCUGCCUCGAUGGUACCUGAAGUUGAGCCUGCCAUUCUAGAGCUGGAUUUAGAGUUGAAGGACCCAGAGUCAGAAUUCGUUGUACCCUCGAAGAAAGCUAAGAGACCUAAGAAGAAGCAGAAGCAGGACAUCUGGGCAGAAGAUGAAGUUGAGCCGUCCGAGACCGUAGCACAUGACACCGCUGUCCGUUCAGCUAACCAACAGGAGUUUCAACCUGUUGUGGACGUUGAGGCUACCUCGCCAGAGGAUUUGCCAAGUUCGAUUUCGCUUCCUGAAGGGAACGAUAAGGACCUCUCAGAACCUCAGCCUGCCAUUAAUACCAGUGUUGAAGUUCCCAAUGUCGCUAUAGUGGACUCGGAGCAGCAGGAGGGCUCCGCCCAGAUGCGGACGCUAUCAACGGAGAAGGAGGAGCGUGAGACGACCCAAGUCGAGCCUGAGCUCAUACCUUUGCCUCAAGAGGAAGAGGGUCUCAUCGAAACUCUAGCGCCUGGUCUGGGCACGAAGCGUUCAGAUUCGGAACAUGCCGCAGACACAGUACCAGAACCGAAUGAGGCAUUACCUCUUUUUAGCGCGUCGUCAGGUGCCAGUAUGCCUGAGGAGGCAGCAAUCGGAAAGGAAGACACUCAUACUGCCCUGGAAAUGCCACCAAGCAUAUCGGCAGAUGAAGCGACAGACGGACGUUUGCGGGUCGAGGAAGCCGAGACGUUUUGGGCUAUGCCGUCGAAGAAGAAGGGCAAGAAAGCGAAGAAGUCCAGGGCCUUCACCUUAGAGAUCCCUCAAGAAUCUCCGGAGCCAGUGCCUGAGCCUGCCUUGUCCAGUAUGCCAUCACCUGCUCUGCGCUCAGAGGGUGCUGGAUCGGAGCCUGCAGAUCACCCGGAGCCGGUAGUGGAUACUUCCCAGGAACAAACUGGUGGCGUUUCUAUUCACAAUAUCAAGCCGGAAAUCUCACCUGCUUCGAAUGACACGAUUCAGCCGGAGAGACCUCCACAAGAAGAUCCGCUUUACACGACUUCCGUUCUCGAGUCACCGUCGGACGAAAAAGUCCCUCGAUCAAGACAACCACCGGUUGAAGCCGAGGACGAGCGGCUACAGUCAUUCGUAGAGGGCGUCUUGGAUAUCUCUGGUCUCGGCAAGAAAGAGAAGAAGGUUGAGGAGACCAAGAGCACAUCCUUGCCUUCUGUCAGCCCGACCCUACCGCCACAAGGGAAGCAGCAAGAGGAGGUACUUGAGCCGACGCUUGCCGGCUCAUUCGUAUCGCCUCCAGCGGAGGGCGGAGUUGCGCUUCAGACUCCGGUUGAUUCCUCAGACCAGCAAGCGACCCGCGAUGUUGAAGCGCCAUCUCACACAAUGGAACAAACCCAAUUGAGCCUGCUCGAAGAUGUUGUUCGGCCAGCAAAUCGAGAUCUAGAGAUGACUUCACAGACCGCGGAGAUAGCAGAGACUGAAAGAGGCUUACCUGCAGAAGAUCUGCCAUCGCUGGAGGAACGAGCUCCGAAACAGCAGCGCGAGGAUCUCUCACAGCCGACAAGCGGAAGUCCAGAGGUCGCUGCGACCAUCGCGCAUGAAGAUUCUAACGAGUCAUUCGGAGAUCUACAGCGAACACUGCCGCAAGAAGAGCCUCAGUCUACUGUUCCAGACGAGUGGGCGAUACCAACCAAGAAGAAAGGGAAUAAAGGCAAAGGCAAAGGCAAGAAAUUGGCGCCCGAAAGUCCAGCGCCUGAACUUGUCGAAGCGCAGGAGGACCCAGAUCUUGAAACUCAAGAUGCUUUGCUACCUCAAGACGAGCCAGCCCCGCCUGUCGCUGAUGCGACCGUAGAUGAGGAAUGGGCACCUUCGAAGAGAAAGGGCAAGAAGGGCAAGAAGGGCAAGGCUGAGCCGAAGGUGCCGGAAAGCUCUGUCCCUCACGCCAUCGAGGCUCCGCCGGAAUCUGAGCUUGCUUCGUCUGUGUCGCUAGGCGGUCCAGAGGCAUUCGUACCCCCAGUAUCCGAUCCAGUCAUGCAGGUUGUGAUGUCCGUGCCUGGCGAAAUGAGGAGCGGAAUCGAGGAGGAAGGUGGGCAAGCGAUGUCUGAUGUACCGCCGGCCGAAUCGGUCAAGCCUGACGCGGCACCAGAGAUUCAGAUGGAGCCGCAAGAACAGCCCGCACCGCAGACAGUGCAGGCUGAGCCGCAAGAAGAGUGGGCUAUGCCCGCCAAGAAGAGAGGCAAAAAAGGGAAGGGCAAAGGCAAGACGUCAUUACCUGAGAGUCCAGCGCCUGAGGUCGCAGAUAUGCAGCGAGACAUUGAUCUCAAGACGUUGGUCGAAGAGUCAGUCCAGUCUCAUGUACCUAUUGAAGACCCCGUGGUUAAGGAUGAGUGGGCCCUACCUGAAGCGAAGAAGAAGGGAAAGAAGAGCAAAAAGCGUGCCCUCGUCCCCCAAAGCCCAGUAAUGGAACCCGAGGCUGUUCCUCUUCCAAAGACGCCGAGGGAAGAAGAGCCAAUAGAGAGCCGGAUAGUAGCGCUGGAACAGUUCAACACAGCGGCGGAGUCAGACGCUUUUGUUCCAGCCGACACAGCGCAAGAAAACUUACUACAGACUAAUCCUGAUGUUGAUCUCGCUGAGACGACUCCGAUCAGUCCAGCUGCUAUCGAGUCAUUGGAGACGUUAUGGCCGGAGAACAUGCCGAGCGAGCCGACUGCGCAGGCCAGCGAGCUACCUUUAGCACCGAUCGAGCUCGGUGCAACAGACGCGCCCAAGGCCCCUCUGGACGAGACGGUUUCGGAUCGAGUUGAGCCUGCAACGAGUAACCGGAUUCCGGAACAAUCCCAAGAGGACGGUACUGCGUCUGGGCUUCCAGUAGCGGAUCAACCCUCAGCCGAGGAAGAUGUACCUGAAAGGGAGGAGCAAUCUCAUAUGGCGCAGCCAGAGGCAGUCCCAAUACCAGAUACUCCUCUCGAAGACUCGUCACUAAGAGAGCCUGAGCCGUUUAUGUAUAAGGAGACUGAAGGGAUCGAGCCAACGAUGCUUCCGUGGCCGGAGACGCCGCUUGAGGACCUAUCACCAUCUGAGAUUCCGUUGCCUCUGGACGAAGAUCAACAAGAGGAUCAGAAGUCUAUCAACGAGGAGUGGGCGUUUUCCAGUAAAAAGAAGAAGAAGGACAAGAAGCGUACGUCGACCUUACAAACACCUUCGAUUGGGCUCACUGGGGCAACGACCGCCGACGGGCAAGAAGCGGGCCUAGAAACAGACAAUGCCCAAGAGCCAGAAGCCAUUGCUCUGCCUGAAGCUUCGCCUGUUGCGACGAUCGCUCUCGCUUCGGCUACGUCUGAGUUAGAUAGACUUCCGCAGAAUGAACCUACGCACUAUGACUUGGCCAUGCCCACACAAGAUCAAGGUGUAAGCAGCGAAAGCCAAGCAGUUGGCGUUAUAGAGCCUAGUCCGGAAUCUAGUCCGGCGGACGAUCUCGACCCAUUCCAUGCCACGCAGCAAGGCACGCCGGCCAAUUCUCAGACUGUCUCCGGUGAUAUUGGGCAGGAACAAGAACGACACGAGCCGGAAGUGGAAUGGGCGCUUCCUUCGAAGAAGAAGGGUAAAAAGGGAAAGAAGCGAGCGAGCGGUUUCGAGAGUUACGAUUCUGGCGCAUCCCCUGAAGCCAUGCCUUUACCUGACACGCCCCUUGAAGAGCCUGCAAAUGUCGGUAGACAACUGGAACCUGAGAUCACAGACCCAGAGCAAGCGCCGGAUGGACCGGUUGAGCCUCAGCCUGAGGAUUGGUUUGGUCCGUCAAAGAAGAAGGGCAAGAAAGGCAAGAAACGAAUGUCCGUUCUCGCUACACCAGUCUCGGAAUUGGCGGAAGCUGAAGUAUUGCCUCUGCCGGAAUCGCCGCUCGAAGAGCCCUCUACAAUGACCCUAGAACAUUCAUCUGGAACUACGCCUUCUCAAGCCACGAUCGUUCCGGGAGCAACUAUUGAAGAGGAUGAUGACGCUGCCGUGCCUAGGAUCAGCCUUGAGCAAACUCACUCGCCUGAAGCUCGCGCAUCCUUCCCACCCGGGAACUCACUUGGGGAGGCAGAUAACUUUGACCUUGUACCGCAAGCCGUCGCUCUUCCACUGUCACCGCCUGCAGAAUCAUUUCCCCCUCGGGACGAUGCUGUUGAGCCGACGAGCUUUACCUUGGUGCCAGAGGAUGCUAAAGAAGCGCUCGAUGAGCCUAGCCCAGGGGCUGUACCGCUGUCAGGAACGCCAGUGGAGGAUCUAUCCGUUCCAGGAAUGUUUCGGGAUCAGGAUGCUGUAGUAGCCGAUCCUGUCGUAAACAGCGAAGACUUCACUCACCCACUGGAAACCGAUCUCGACGCAGCUGGCAAAACUUCAGAUCGAGAUCCAGAGCCGGAAACCAAUGAGACGGGGAUUAAAGCCGAUAUUGUUCCAGAGCCGACACAGGAUGUUACAAAAGACGCGCCUGGUGCUUUCCCCGAAGACAUACCAAAUAACUCACUUGCUGCAUAUGCAGUGUCUGAUCAACCAGCGGAGGAAGGCCCCAUCGAGGAACCAGGCGUGCAACAGCCUGCCGCAUCCGAGACCCCUGAGGAGUUUUGGAUUGGCACAAGCUCCAAGAAAAGCAAGAAGGGCAAGAAAGGGAAAUCGAAGUCCGCUCCAGCCACGCCACCAGUCGCUUUCGAGAUAGAACAACGACAGCCCGCCGAUCCAUACAGCGAACCGGCACCCCUAGGCGAGUCUGAUGGCCCUAACGAGAUUGUCACCGAAGGCGUCGUGCACACGGCAUCAGACGAGAAUCGGGGCGCGCCCACUAUCGAGCCCACUAUCGAAGAACCCGAGCAGGAUAUUUGGGCAGCCUCCUCAUCCAAGAACAAGAAGGCAAAAGGAGAGAAAGCCAAGCAAGUUUCUGGGCUCAGCACACCGACAGCCAUCCGAGAGCCUGAAAUAGUCCGAGAUUCUAUCGUGGAAGACCAAGCAGCCAAUGCUGAAGAUGCACUGCACGACGCAGACAUGAACCCGCAAGACGAAGCCAUCGCCAAGUCCGAGGUAACUCUCGGAGCACAAGAACAGGUAGUCGAAGACGAAUGGGCCAUGCCGUCAAAAAGCAAAGGCAAAAAGGGUAAGAAGGGUAAGCAAGCUUCCGUUCCUAGCUCCCCGCCGGUCUUGGGGGAAUCAGAACCGAUCCAGCUCUCGACGGACGAUGCCUCAGAAACAACAUGUGGAGUUUUUGUGCCACGCAACGAAUUACAAGAGCCUGAGCAGCCGAUCGAAACCCCGCAAAAACUUCAACGUGCAGACGCCGACGACGGUUGGGCACUCCCGUCGAAGGGCAAGAAGAAGAAGAGCAAGAAAACCUCACUCUCUGUUACUCCCUCUGUUGCUCAAGAGCGAAAGUCAAUCUUCGAUGCAUCACAACUUGUUAUCGAGCUGGUCAGCCCACGGCAACCUACUCCCGUGCUCGAGUAUGCUCGAGAAGGGGAAAUCGACCAAGACUUGCUAAUGUUCCCGGAGAAGAGGGACGAGCAUGGAAACAAGACAAAUGAUGAUCCUAUUUCCGACACACCAGAAGCAGCAAAUGUUCCAGAACGUGUGAGUGGCAAUGACGAGUCCACCGAGCCCGUGAGGGUGUUGGAGGACAAUGAGCUGGAUCGACUGAGCGAGCAGCCCCUUGCGGUAUCGAAGAACGCACAAAUUGAGGAUUCAUCGAACGAGAUGGUCGAAGUUAAAGACCAAGCUAGUGCCAAUAUCCAAGAGCUAGUGCUAGCCGCGGCUGAGGCGCCUCUGGAGGAAGGUCCGGAUAACUUUUGGGCGCCCACUCCCAAGAAGGGCAAGAAGGGAAAAAAAGGCAAAAAAGCUGCUGCUCUCGCGACGCCUCCUAUAUUCGAGGAGUCAGAGCCAGUCUCGCGAGAAUUCGCAGCGAUCGAAGCUGCACAAGAGCCCGAGGUUGAUGACUCCAGCACCAAGGUAUCCAAGAAGGAGAAGGGAAAGGGCAAACGCAAUGACAAGCAUGGUCCGGCGGGUGACUUCGAGACCGCGCAAGAGGAUCCAAACACACCUUUUGUAAUCCUCCCAGAUGCACAUACCGAGCCAGGCAUAGAUGUUCCGAGACCGAGCAGUCCGCUUCAGCUCUCGGCACCCUUAUCAGCACGUAUUGCCGCCAGCGAGACUGAUGGGGCUCAGCGACAGACGAAGGUAGCGACCGGGGAAAAUGAUGGUAUCCAAGACAUGCCAGCACCUUCGGCCGUGCCUUUACCAUCCCCGGCUGAGGGCGAGGAAAAUGAUCUGGCGACGGAGUUCGCGGGUCAAUCUGAGGCUGAUGAGAAGCCAACGUUCGACCCGCAUAAGGAACUUGCCGCUGAGCAGCCGCUAGAUGCGACUAAUACCGCCGAUGAUACUUGCGCAGGGGGGGAUAUGGAAUCGAGCACUGUUGAACUUCCCACAAACGACCGACCGGUCAAUCUUGCCCCAUCGGCUUCAGACCGCAGUCUGGUAUUGGACAGCCAAGACACCGCGACAGAAAUUCCUUCCGAUAUGUCAGCCACUCUCCCCCAGGCCACACAACCACUUUCCGACGAGAUCCUGCCAACACAAGAACCGGUCGUGGCCGAGGAGACUGCCCCUGAACCACAGCUAGGCGAAUUUCUGGAAGAGUCGCGGCGGGGUACGAUCCAGAGCCUGGACGAGGCCGAGCUCGGUAGCGCAGAAGUCAUGAGGCAACCGGACAUUGCUCAAGAAGCUGAAGACAUCGAGUUGUUCUCGGUCAAGAAGAGCAAGAAAGGCAAGCUGAAAGCUAAGAAAGGGAAGACAAGGCCACUCGAUGCUGCAGGAUCCACCGUUCAGGAACCAGAAACCGUGCAAGAGGUGGAGCAGGCAGUAUCGACCGACGACGCCAUCAACAAGCCUUUCCCAACGGAAUCUGCUGUUGCGCGUGAGCCGUGGUCACAGCCAACCGAGGGGAACAUCGAAUCCGACUACCAAGACCCAAGUGAGACAGUUGCUAGCCAGGUCCUUCUCGAAGCCGAGCCAGAGGAAGAGUCCAGCAUUAGGAGGAGCAAGAAGGACAAGAAGAAGGACAAGAAGGGAAGGGCAGCGGGCUUUGAGUCUCCGACUCCGCUUGAUCCUUCUUCAACCGAGCAGCAAGCGCCUGCAGAUCUCACUGGUGGAGCGUUGCCCAUCCUGACUGUCAAUCCCAACCAGCCUCAGACCGUUGAAGUCCUAGAUGACGCUGCUAACGAGGUGCUUCCUGAAGAUCUGGAAGAAGAGGGGGCGAUUCAAGUGCCCGAGGUGCCGUCCCUGACGAGUAAGAAGGACAAAAAGAAGGCCAAGAAAGCAAAGGCUAGUGCACUUCAAUCACUUGUCUCGGAAGUGCCGCCAAGCAUAGAGUCAAGCGAUGCUCAGAUCCACGAUGCAGGACAGACAAGCGCACCUAGAGAUCUUACGCAAGACUUGGGACCCGAGGUGCCUCAUGACAUGUUUUCUGACUCCGCCCACGUACUGGCGGCAUCUGAGCCAGAUGGUUUGACAACGUUUAGCGUCAAGAAGAGCAAGAAAGAGAAGAAGACCAAGAAUGGCAGACAAAACUUCACCGCCGAGGCCCCGAGCGAACCACCAAAGCUUGAUGAUAGUCAACCCUUAUGGGAUGAAGUCUUUGAGACGGCAUCUGCUUCUCAAGCAGCCGCCGAGCGGGCCCUGUCCAAGUUUGCGGGGACUGCACAGUCGAAUGAACAAGAAGCCAUCGAAGCAGCUGCGGUCCCUUUGCCUCAAGGCAAAGAACCAGUCGACCAAUCUAACCCUGCUUCUUCCCUUGGAUAUCUGGAUGCAGACCACAGUGCUGAUGUGCCGCUGCAGGAGGCUUCAGUGGUGAGGUCUACAUCAAACGAAGAUAUCGUCCUGGUAGGGGAUCAACCUAUGAAACUCCCGGCCGAGUCCGACGUAGCACGUACCGCUGGAGGAUUCCCUGACCUCUCGAGGAAUAAAUAUUCAUCUCCCAUACCAGAUCUUCCACUCCCUCCCGUGGACGCCCAGGCCUCCGUUGAUCGUCAAGACGAAGCGCUACUGAAAAGCGACUUGGCAGAAGCCACCGCUUUGCCCCUGCCAGACUCUGGGGCAGGCAUGGAACCACAAGCGGUCACUGAAGGGACGGUUUUGAAAUCUGCUCUCGUUCCGCUCCCCGAGCCUUCGACUGAGGAAGUAGAGCUACUCACAGAAGAGCCGGCCCGUGAGCCUAUCCUUAUCCCGCUUCCUAAGCCCUCAGCUCAGGAAGAAGCAGAACUAGACAUGGCCGACCGAGACCCUAAGCAAGCGCACGGCCCAGCGGAUGUUCCAUUCGACAUUGACAAAGACGAAGCUGGAGCCGUGCCGCAAAGGCGGCAAGAACCCGAGCCUGGCGAGCCGUUUGAGGCUACUUUCGCUCCCGUCGAGAAGACUAAGAAGGGCAAAAAGAGCAAGCAGGAUAGACAAGGUCCCAAUGCCCUUGCUGAUGAGCCUCCCUUCGAGGCAAGCUCUACCGCCGAGCUACCAGAACAGAUCAUUGCGCAGCCAACAGCAAAGUCACCAAGCGAUAUUGAUUUUGCUGCAACGCUGGCCGCAGGCCUUGAAGAAUCCGGCUUUGACCCAAACUUAGUCCUCAAUAAGCCUGCCUUCCAUCGCAGGUCAUCUCCUGCAGGAUCCAUCGCAGAAGCAGACCCCGAAGAAGUGUUCACCAUGACCACGAAGAAACCAAAGAAGGACAAGAGGGGCAAGCUUAGACGAACGUCUACAGCAGGCACCUCUGAGGUGACUACGCCGAAAAACGAAGUCGAGGAGACCAUUCAAGUAGCAAAGGUUUCACCGCCUUUGGACGACAAGGACUUCACGGACACCUUGGCGGCAGGGCUUCAGAGCUCUGGCUUCGACCCAAGCCUUGUGCUCAAUGAUCCGGCGUUCAGCGGGCGACAUUCUCCAACAGGCGACGCGGAUGCCGUCUCGGAUGAAUACUUCCCCUUCCAGAAGAAGCCAAAGAAAGGUAAAAAGGGCAAAAAGAGCCAAGCUUCUACACCGGAUGUACUACUAGAAUCGCGCGAGGAAGUCUCAGAAGUCGUACCUUCUGGAGAGGCUUUGACUACAGUGGUAGCAAGCGAAUCGCUCCAAGAACCUGCAACCGACAGUCACGAACCGAACGCGAUACCUCUAUCUCGAGAACCCGCUGUUUCGCAUAUCGAACUGGCGCGGGAGCGUGCUGCAGGCGCUUAUGCAGAUCUUCCGGCAGUAGAUAAGCCAGUGCUCGAUGUUGCAGCAGUUGCUUUUGACAUUCUCGGGUCUGAGCAGGUCGAAGCGGCUGAUAGCCGAAGUCACGAUAUCUCUGAACAGCGCGAGGAUGGUGAGGAAGGUAGGUUCACUACGGACGCUGAGAUGAUCGAGGUGGUUCCUGCCAUGAAUAGUCUGAUGGUUGGGAUGUCCAACAACGCGCUCGCUGAAGAAGCCUUGGCCGUUGAGAUCCCGGCUACCGACGUUUCGAUCAUCGAAUCUGCGGAAGAACCACCAAGCUCCGGCGCUACAACUGUGGAAAUUCGAGACAGCCCCGCAACAUUUUCGGACCUACUUUCAACCGAUAAAAGCACCCGGGAUCUGACCCUGCCUGCUGAGGAAGUUGACAGUCACGUCGACUUGGUUCCUACCGGAUUCGAGCAUAUUGUGGAUACAGACGCUCCUCAGCCACUGUCGCAGGAUGUGAUCAACCAGAAUGCUUUGGAUACGGUUCCAGAUGCAUGGGUGGAGCAGGCCCGUCCGCCCCUGAAAGAGUUGAGAGAGGCGCAGCGAGAGGAUGUUGGGCAACCGGAUGAGGAUCACGGGGAGGUGGAUGAGUUAGGUUUUCAGUCGAAGAAGGAAGGCAAGAAAGGGAAGAAGAGCAAGACGGUUCUGGCAACGGAGGAAGCUGGAACGCCUAGUCUUGUCGACACCUUGGCAGCCGCUGCUGCUGCAGCAACCGUAGCCGUGACAGCAUUGGAUUCAGAACCAACACAUGUUGAGACUGCUCCGCCUGAGAUAAUCGAACAGCCGCGAGACGAAGAUGCCUGGGCCGCUCCGACCAAGAAGAAGGGAAAGAAAGUCAAGAAGAGUACAGGCACCUCGACGCCUCUAGAAAGAUCGAUCGCCGCCGAGGAUCUAGCUGAUGCUCCAAAGGAGCAGCCAUCGAUUGAGCAACCCAUCUCAACCGAAGAGCAGCCUGAACCAUUGCCACCAACGGAACCGCUCGAAGAGGGUGAUACUUGGGCAGUUCCACUGAAGAAGAAGGGCAAGAAAGGCAAGAAAGGGACAGGUUCAUCGACGCCUCUGGAAGAAGUGAUCGCGCCUGAAGCUGUGAUGGAGACUGCGGGUGAGCGGCCCUUCGUCGAGCAGCCCACUCUCCCUGAACCCCAAAAAGACGAUGGAAUUUUGACAGGUGAAGUGCCUCAAGAAGACGACCUUUGGGCAGCUCCGUCCAAAAAGAAGGGCAAAAAGGGUAGGAAGAGCACGGGCAUAUUGACGCCUCAGGAAGAACCGGUCGUAUCCGACAUUGUACCGAAGUCUGGAGAGGAGACUUCAGACGAGCCCUCAUUGAUCAAGCAGCCUGUUCCAGCCGAUGAGCAAGACCACGAACAGCUUCCGACAGCGGAACCGCCUCAGGAGGAUGACAUCUGGGCAGUCCCAGAAAAGAAGAAGGGAAAGAAAGGCAAGAAAGCAACAAGUACUUCGACUCCCGAAUCGCUGCCAACGCCAAAUCCCACAACUGAACGGUCGCUUGCCGAGCCAACGGUUGGCACAAACGGCGAAGAAGACACCUUGAUUGUCCCGGAUCAGCGGCAGGAGGAGUUUGCAUGGGCUCAAUCGUCCAAGAAAAAGGGCAAGAAAGGGAAGAAUGAAUCAAAGAGAGCUGUAACAGAGCUUAAGCCUUCACAGUGUCAGGAUACAUCAGGUGUUGCAACUCCUGUGCCUGAGGUCAUUGAGCCUGAGAAACCCGUAGCAAUGGAGAGCCAACAGGACAUUAUCAUUUCAGCCCCCGAGCUAGAGGGGACGGAAAGACAGCUUAGCCAAUCGUCGGAAAUUCCGGCCGCAUUCAACAGCGGGUUCGGCGGGGAGACAUUACAUCCUCGCCCUGAGAUUGUCGAGAUCAAACCAAUGGGAGAAGAGACUCUUCAGAGUCAGUUGGUACCCAUUGAGCGUUUCGUAUCGCAGCAGCAAAUAGCGGAAGAGCCGUCUGACAAGACGGUAGACGAGGUGGAGGCUGAAUGGGGUUUGCCAGUCAAGAAAAAGGGCAAGAAGGGAAAAAAGAGGGAAAGAGGAGGCACAGAUCAAGAUGUCGGUUCUCAGGAGCCCAACAUACUGGUCAAGGAGGUGCCUCGAGAGACAAGAGAUAGCGCAGCGGAUCUGGAGCAACCAGCCAUAGAGGAACUCGUUUCAGUACCAUUGAACGACUCACCUGCAGCAGGCGGCGGUUACGUUUCGGACAAGCAGCCAGACACAGUGCACAUCAGUCCAUUAGAAGGUGUCAAAAACGAGGUUCGUGCAGAGCAAGGGGAAUUACGAGAAGAGGCGAGUGAGGGCUGGGCAGAAGAUAUCCUCACCCGGGUCCUUUCGUCUCCUGUUGAGUCUUACGGAAUAGCUUCAGCGCCCGAGAAAUCAAUGAUGCCCGAUCGCUCGCUAGGACGGCUUGACGAUGAACCCACCAAUGCACGCUCAGGCCCACAAAGCCCACCAGGCAAGGUUGGGAGCAUGUUCCCUGGUCUCGAGCGUGUCAAGCGCCGAGCUCCUUCCUUCUCGCAACCAGGGGAACAGCCAUCAGAGAAGAGAAUCCACUUACCAGAAGUCAAGCUGCGAAGAGCGUCGCGUCCGUCCAUUGAUCUAGCGCCACAUCAGGAGAAGCGUGAGGGUGAGGCUCAUCGCGUAAUACUCCCUACUGAUCCGGUAGAGCCAAAGGUCAGCAUUGUGGAUCAAUUGCAGGAAGCCGACCAGGAGCGAGAACCACCAAGCGCUGAAGGCAUAGCAUCUGCCCUCGAACCAACGUGGGCAUUUCCAGAUAACCGCGACAGUGCUUAUGUAUCUGACUCGCCUCUACUCCCUUCGAGCCAGAUACCUGCUCGCAACGUUAUCCGUGACAGUGGGUUCCACGAGGUUGCAAGUCCGAUGCUGCAGCAAGAUCCAGAUACGAGGUACGAUGCAACCGCUUUGGAAAGCAUUGUGCAAGAUGCCAUUCCGCAAUCGCCUGAGGCGACUGCUCAGGAGGUGUCUCAGCCUGAUGAAGCGGAACCUUUGUCGUCGCAUAUGGACAUCCAUGAACCGCCGAGCCCUUCAUCACCGCGACUCGUAUCUGGAAGAGAUGAGGCACCAGUUUCUCCACUGCAAUCGACGAGCAAGGACAGAACCUCCUAUCUAUUCAAGUCCUCGCCUUCAACCCAUGAGUUAGCAGACGAGCAGUCCGCCGAGCCUCAAGGUAUCGAGGCCGUGCUCGAGCGGAAUCUCUCCCCUGUGUCGCCUUUGAUAGACCAAGACGAAGCUCCACGCUCGAUAAAUGAAGACCAAAGAUAUCAGACCGACAACUCUGCCGAUUCACAGCAAGGGAACGCUCCCUCGUCAAUCUUCGGUGAUCCUAAUCAACAUGAGUUCGACUCUACCCGCUCAGAGGACCUUGAAGUUCCGGGAAGCAGUUUCAGAACACCUAGUGCUCCUCUGGAUACUAUCAGAGAAUACAGCCCGAUGGAGGAAUCGCCACUCAGCAAGAAGAGCAGGGCAUUCUCAGAAGAGCCUGAGGAGGCGCUCGAAUCUAGAAGUCGAUCGGUAUCCUCCAGCCGACUAUCCCGCAGCCGAAAGCUUUCUCCAUUGUCGGACAGGGCUCAGACGUCAACCUUACAAAGGCUAGACAGUCCGAAGGGCCCACUUUCUACAGACGAUCUUCUUGAUCGUCUAUCAUGGCCUCCUGUUGACGAAGAGAAAGAGACCGUUGCCAUCGAUCGCACACUGCGUCUUGAUCCAGCCAAACAACGCGCAGCUGAGAAUCUUUCUCCAAGGCCCUUGCACGACCCGACAAGGCGUCGCGAAAGCGGCACGCUCUCACCAAGCGUCUUGAGCGACAGGUCCAGUGGUAGCGCGAGGUUCAGGACGCCGGAGCACCUUCGGCCAAUGAGCGCAGUCAGCAAUCGGUCUUCAACUCCUCCCCUGCGAAGAACGGAUCGCAGCUUGUCAGGUGACUUGAGAGCCGCAAGCAAGCGGGAAGAAGCGAAAGCGCGGUCCGCGACAAUUUCUCCGCAGCCACGUGCUGAGCCGCCGGUCGCAGGACCAUCAACAUACGAUCGCGUCAACGACAAGGGCAAAGCCCGCGCGGCGGACAUGGCCGACCUCUACGAGGGCUGGGGCGAUGCGCCCGGUUCGCCCUCGUCACAGGCGCGCCCGCCGAGCGUCCGGAAGCGACAAAGCAUGCACAUCAUGGACCUCGAGACGCGCCUCGAUCAGCUCGCAUCAGAAAACCGCCUGUUGCAAGAGGCCAAAGCGAGAGCUGAGGAGAAUGUGCAGGACGCGGCAUAUCAACGAGAGGUCGUGAGCACGGCGACUGCCGAGGCUCUUCAAGCACGUGACCUGCAGAUGCGCGACAAGGAUGCCGAGAUAGCUCAGAUCACGACGAUGCUGCAGUCGCUGCGACAAGAGAUUGCCAGGCUGAGCGAAGCCAAUCAUACAUUGACUGAGGCCAACAAGAACCUCUCUGACGAUACGAAUGAGCGGUAUGCUACGCUGCAGGCCGAAAGCGCCUAUGCGCAUCAACAGUGGCAACAAUCUGCCAGGGCGCUGGACGACCUGCGCCUUCAGCACCAACGGAUGACUGCUGGUGUAGAAGCCUUCGUCAGAGAUGAGAUCUCCAAAGCGCUCGAAGACAAGGAUGCGGAGAUCCGCCUGCUUAAAGAGGAGCUCGAAGAUGCUAUGGAGCAGAUCAAGCUGCAACAACGCCAAAUCAUGGCCUCCAAGCAAGGCGACAGCUUCCUCACAGUCCGCGAUGAGGACUACUUUGACAGCGCCUGCCAGAAACUCUGCCAGCACGUGCAGCAAUGGGUACUUCGGUUCUCCAAGUUCUCCGACACUAGGGCCUGCCGCCUCUCAACAGAUAUCGGUGAUGAAAAGAUCGAGGCCAGGCUAGAUAACGCCAUCCUCGACGGCUCAGAUGUAGAUCUCCUACUCAGCGAUCGCAUCAAGCGGCGAGAUGUCUUCAUGUCAGUGGUGAUGACCAUGGUUUGGGAAUACGUCUUCACGCGGUACCUCUUCGGUAUGGACCGGGAGCAGCGACAGAAGCUCAAAGCGCUGGAAAAGAUGCUUGGCGAAGUUGGCCCCACAAGCGCCGUCGCCCAAUGGCGGGCUAUAACCCUGACCCUCCUCUCCAAGCGCGACAUCUUCGUGCAUCAACGCGCCCAAGACACCGAAGCCGUCGUGCAAGAGAUAUACGGCACGCUCGCGACGCUGCUCCCGCCACCGCCACCCCUCCAGCCCCAGAUCCUCGACUCCCUGCGCAAAGUGACAACCCUCGCGGUCGAGCUCUCCAUCGAGAUGCGCACCCAGCGCGCCGAGUACAUCAUGCUGCCUCCGCUGCAGCCCGAAUACGACACCAACGGCGAUUUGGUCCGGAAGGUGCACUUCAACGCCGCGCUGAUGAACGAGCGGUCCGGCGAGGUGAGCAGUAAUGGGGAGCUGGAGGCUAGGGAAGCGGUUGUGAAGAUCGUACUAUUUCCGCUGGUUGUGAAAAAGGGGGAUGACAGCGGUGAGGGCGAGGAUGAGAUCGUGGUCUGUCCUGCCCAAGUCCUGGUUGCGGGGCCGCCGAAGAAGAAAGUUGUGAGGGUUGUGAGUGGGGCGAUGAGUCUUGGGCACAGAAGCAAUAGGAGCAUGCCGAGUGUUAUUAUGGAGGAUGCGGAGAAUGUGAUUUAG